CCUGCGCCGCAUCGCGGGGUCCUGCGGACCGGGGAAGUGGCUGUACUCGCGCGCGGGUCUUUGCCCUUGAAGCUGCGGCUCAGCGCCCUGUGGUCAUGGCUGUGCUGGCGGCCCUUCUGCGUGGCGGCGCUCGCGGGCGCGGCCCCCUGCUGCGGAGGCUGGUGCAGGAAAUGAGAUACGUGGAGCGAACUUAUGUAUCAAAACCCACGUUGAAUGAGGUGGUCAUAGUAAGUGCCACAAGAACCCCCAUUGGAUCCUUUCUAGGCAGCCUGUCCUCACUGCCAGCCACCAAACUUGGUUCCAUUGCAAUCCAGGGAGCCAUUGAAAAGGCAGGGAUUCCAAAGGAAGAAGUGAAAGAAGCCUACAUGGGCAACGUUCUGCAAGGAGGUGAAGGACAGGCCCCCACAAGGCAAGCAGCCCUGGGCGCAGGCCUACCUAUUUCUACUCCAUGCACCACCGUGAACAAAGUGUGUGCUUCAGGAAUGAAAGCCAUCAUGAUGGCCUCUCAAAACCUUAUGUGUGGACAUCAGGACGUGAUGGUGGCAGGUGGAAUGGAAAGCAUGUCCAACGUCCCCUAUGUAAUGAACAGAGGAGCAACACCAUAUGGUGGGGUGAAGCUGGAGGAUUUGAUCGUAAAAGAUGGGCUAACUGACGUCUACAAUAAAAUUCACAUGGGCAAUUGUGCUGAGAAUACUGCAAAGAAGCUAAAUAUUGCACGAGAUGCACAGGAUACUUAUGCUAUUAACUCUUACACCAGAAGUAGAGCAGCAUGGGAAGCUGGGAAGUUUGCAAAUGAAGUUAUUCCUGUCACAAUUACUGUAAAAGGUAAACCAGAUGUAGUGGUGAACGAAGAUGAAGAAUAUAAACGUGUUGAUUUUAGCAAAGUUCCAAAGCUGAAGACUGUUUUCCAAAAAGAAAAUGGCACUGUCACAGCCGCCAAUGCCAGCACACUGAACGAUGGAGCAGCAGCUGUGGUUCUGAUGACUGCAGACGCAGCCAAGAGGCUCAAUGCUAAACCGCUGGCAAGAAUAGCAGCAUUUGCUGAUGCUGCUGUAGACCCUAUUGACUUUCCAAUUGCACCUGCAUAUGCUGUACCAAAGGUCCUUAAAGAUGCGGGACUGAAAAAAGAAGAUAUUGCAAUGUGGGAAGUAAAUGAAGCCUUUAGUCUGGUCGUAUUAGCAAACAUUAAAAUGCUGGAGAUUGAUCCCCAGAAAGUGAACAUCAAUGGAGGAGCUGUUUCUCUGGGGCAUCCAAUAGGGAUGUCUGGAGCCAGGAUCAUCGUUCAUUUGGCUCAUGCAUUGAAGCAAGGAGAGUAUGGACUUGCCAGCAUUUGCAAUGGAGGAGGAGGUGCUUCUGCUAUGCUGAUUCAGAAGCUGUAGACCACCUGUGUUAAGGACGCACUGUGUGACUAGAAAGCUCACCAGCGUGCCUUUCCUGACUCAGCGUGUACUUAAAAUAAGCGAUUUCAUUUUGUACUAUUUUUUUAAUCAAAUCCCCAAACCUUUUGAAUUAAAUAAACCUUUUCUUUUGCAAUCUUUAA